AUGCAUCUUUAUUGUGAUAUUGAUAACGGAUCUAUUGCUCUUCAUAAGGGUCUUGGUGGUCUAUGUGGUCUAUGUGGUCUAUGUGGUCUAUGUGGUCUUGGUGGUCUUGGUGGUCUUGGUGGUUUUGGUGGUCUUGGUGGUUUUGGUGGUCUUGGUGGUCUUGGUGGUUUUGGUGGUUUUGGUGGUUUUGGUGGUCUUGGUGGUUUUGGUGGUUUUGGUGGUCUUGGUGGUUUUGGUGGUCUUGGUGGUUUUGGUGGUCUUGGUGGUUUUGGUGGUCUUGGUGGUCUUUUGGAGAGAUGCGCGUAA